AUGGAACAACCAACACAACAAGACUCAACUAAAAAAACUACCUUUAUUACAAAUCAUGAAACCAACUCUCAUCAACAUCAUCAUCAUCACCAUCAUCAUCAUCACCAUCAUCACUUCUAUCAACAACAUCAACAACUAUAUCAUCAGAAUCAGUUUCAACACUACUCAACUCAACUUGGUUUCUUCAACAACACUGCUCUUCUUCCUUUACCUUCUCUUCAACAACUGCCUUCGAUUCCUUCUUUUCCUCAAAAUCAAUCCAUCAAAUUAAGAACCCAUUUGCAGAAACUUCCAUGCAAACUCAAUACUUCUCCUUCAUCAGAUUACAAUCUUUCUCAACUUUCACUUGCUCCUUCUACAAAGGAAAUUCAUAAGCAAAAUAAAUCAACUUUUAAAGAAGAUGAUGGGAAAAAGCUCAUUUCAACAAGGAGGGCACAAGAAGUGAUUGUUGCAAGGAGGCCUGACUCAGGUGGACAAGAAGGUCCUGUGAUUUCUCUCCUUGCAAACCAUUUUUUGGUGAAGUUUGAUUCAUCACAAAAAAUAUAUCAUUACAAUGUUGAAAUUACUCCUCAUCCCUCCAAGGAUGUUGCUAGAGAAAUUAAGCAUAAGUUGGUAAAUAGCAAUUCGGAGAUUUUGUCGGGUGCUCUUCCGGCGUAUGAUGGGAGGAAGAAUCUUUAUAGUCCAAUUGAAUUCCAAAAUGAUAAGCUUGAGUUCUACAUAAGCCUUCCAAUCCCUUCUAGUAAAUCGUCGUCGCCUUAUGGAGAAAUGAAUGAUAUCAACGAGAAGCGUGAACAACAUAAACUAUUCCGGAUAAAUAUCAAACUAGUCUCGAAGAUUGGCGGGAAAGAGUUGACUAAGUACUUGAGCAGAGAAGGCGAUGACGGGAUUCCACUUCCACAGCAUUAUCUACAUGCAUUGGAUGUGAUUUUGAGGGAAAGUCCUACUGAGAAAUGUAUACCAGUUGGAAGGUCAUUCUUUUCGAGUUCAAUGGGGAGAGGCAAAGAUAUUGGUGGAGGAGCUGUUGGAUUGAGAGGCUUCUUUCAGAGUCUUAGACCGACGCAACAAGGACUUGCUCUCAAUGUUGAUUUCUCAGUAACCGCUUUCCAUGAGAGUAUAGGAGUUAUUCCGUAUUUACAGAAACGUCUCGAGUUUUUCAGAGACCUUUCUCAAAGGAAUGCAACUGAGUUAACUUGUGAAGAAAGGAAGGAAGUGGAGAAAGCAUUGAAGAAUAUCAGAGUCUUUGUUUGCCAUAGAGAAACUGUUCAGAGAUACCGUGUCUAUGGUUUAACCGAAGAGGCAACUGAAAAUCUAUGGUUUCCUGAUAGAGAUGGAACGAAUUUGAGGCUUAUGAGUUACUUUAAAGAUCACUAUAACUAUGACAUACAAUUCAGGAAGUUACCAUGCUUGCAAAUUAGUAGGAGUAAACCUUGUUAUCUGCCUAUGGAGCUUUGUGUGAUUUGUGAAGGACAGAAGUUCCUUGGAAAACUGUCGGAUGAUCAGACGGCAAAAAUACUCAAGAUGGGCUGUCAAAGACCAGGAGAACGAAAAGCCAUCAUCGAAGGCGUCAUGAGAGGAAAUGCCGGUCCUACGAGUGGUGACCAGGAAAAGGAAUUCAAACUCCAAGUCUCAAGAGAAAUGACGAGGUUGACCGGUAGAAUUCUCUACCCUCCCAAACUAAAGCUCGGAGAUGGAGGUCAAGUGAGAAACUUGACUCCUUCACGUCAUGAUCGCCAAUGGAACUUUCUUGACGGCCAUGUUUUUGAAGGAACUACAAUUGAAAGAUGGGCGCUAAUAAGUUUCGGAGGCACACCUGAGCAAAAAUCCUAUAUCCCGAGAUUCAUAAACCAGUUAACUCAAAGAUGUGAACAAUUAGGCAUUUUUCUUAACAAGAACACGGUUAUAAGUCCACAGUUUGAAUCAAGUCACAUUCUUAACAAUGUCGCACUUUUGGAAUCUAAGCUCAAUAGAAUCCAAAGGGUUGCCUCAAACAAUCUGCAGCUUCUUAUUUGUAUAAUGGAGAAAAAACACAAAGGCUAUGGAGACUUGAAACGAAUUGCCGAGACAAGUGUUGGUGUUGUAAGCCAAUGCUGUCUGUAUCCGAAUCUUGUCAAGUUAAGUUCACAGUUUUUGGCUAAUUUGGCUCUCAAGAUCAAUGCUAAAGUCGGUGGAUGCACAGUUGCUUUGUACAACUCGCUUCCUUCUCAGUUACCGCGUCUUUUUAGCAUCAACGAGCCGGUGAUGUUCAUGGGAGCUGAUGUAACACAUCCUCAUCCUCUUGAUGAUUCGAGUCCAUCUGUUGCUGCUGUUGUUGGUAGCAUGAACUGGCCAACAGCCAACAAAUACAUUUCAAGAAUAAGAUCUCAAACACAUAGACAAGAAAUCAUCGCGGAUCUCGGCGCAAUGGUUGGAGAAUUGCUUGACGAUUUUUAUCAGGAAGUUGAAAAACUCCCCAGCCGAAUAAUUUUCUUCAGAGACGGUGUUAGUGAAACUCAAUUCCACAAAGUUCUCGACGAGGAACUACAAUCCAUAAAACAAGCGUGUUCAUCAAGGUUUCAUGGUUACAAACCUUUUAUUACUUUCGUAGUUGUGCAAAAGAGACAUCACACAAGGUUGUUUCCUGACGAAGCCGAUCAAUCUUCAAUACACAACAAUUUUCAUUCUCAAUACGAAAAUAUUCCUCCGGGAACCGUGGUUGAUUCCGUGAUCACUCAUCCAAAGGAAUUCGAUUUUUAUCUGUGUAGCCAUUGGGGUGUGAAGGGAACAAGUAGGCCAACUCAUUAUCAUGUCUUGUGGGACGAAAACGAGUUUACUUCAGAUGAACUUCAGAAGCUGGUUUACAAUUUGUGCUUUACAUUUGUUAGGUGUACUAAGCCAAUUUCAUUGGUUCCUCCUGCAUAUUAUGCACAUUUAGCUGCAUAUAGAGGGAGACUCUACCUUGAGAGAUCUGAGUCAUUAGGUUUAUUCAGAAGCACCUCUACAUUAUCAAGAGCUGCUCCUCCAAAGACACCACCUCUACCUAAACUUAGUGAAAACAUCAAGAAGCUUAUGUUUUACUGCUAG